GCGGCGCUCUCAGCUUCCGGUCGCCCGGGUGCAAAAGGAGGGAGGCGGAUCAUCAGGUGCCGGCGGCGGCGGCGGCUUCUUUCCUCUCCUCAUGGCGGGCGGCUGAGCCUGGUCCCCUCCCCGUCCGGUGGGCGCAGGCCCCGCCAUGGCCGGCGAGGAGGCGCAGGAGAAGUUCUUGGCCCCCCACGAGCCCGGCGCCCUCUUCUCGCCGCCCCCCCGCGUGCUGGGCAGCCUCGGCCUGGGCGACGAGGGCCCCGCCUGCCUGGACGUCAGCGACUUCGGCUGCCACCUCUCCUCCUGCCACCGCACGGACCCGCUGCGCCGCCUGCACGCCCACAGAUGGAACUUGACUUCCUGUGGGACAAGCGUAGCCAGCUCAGAAUGCAGCGAAGAACUCUUUUCUUCUGUCUCUGUCGGAGACCAGGAUGACUGUUAUUCUCUCCUGGAUGAUCAGGAGCUGACCUCUUUUGAUUUCUUCCCGGAGGGUAGCGUCUGCAGUGAUGUCUCUUCCUCUAUUAGCACGUAUUGGGACUGGUCAGACAGCGAGUUUGAAUGGCAGUUGCCUGGCAGCGACAUCGCCAGUGGAAGUGAUGUGCUCUCCGACAUAAUACCGAGUAUUCCAAGCUCUCCUUGCCUGCUUCCGAAAAAGAAAAACAAGCACAGGAAUCUUGACGAACUCCCAUGGAGUGCCAUGACCAAUGAUGAACAGGUUGAAUACAUAGAGUAUCUGAGUCGUAAAGUCAGCACGGAGAUGGGACUGCGAGAGCAGCUUGAUAUAAUUAAAAUCAUUGACCCCAUGGCGCAGAUCUCGCCUACGGACAACGAGUUUAUUAUCGAGCUAAAUUGCCUCACUGAUGAAAAGCUGAAGCAGGUCAGGAACUAUAUCAAGGAGCACGGCCCUCGGCAGCGGUCUGCGAGGGAUAACUGGAAACGAAGCGGCUUCAGUUGUGGGAGCGCCAGUGGAGUGAGCGGCGCCAGCGCCAGCAGUAGCAGCGCCAGCAUGGUCAGCUCAGCCAGUAGCAGCAGCGGUUCCAGCGUUGGCAACUCCGGUUCAAACUCCAGUGCCAACAUGAGUCGGGCGCACAGCGACAGCAACGUAUCAACAAGUGCCGCAGAGCGAAUCCGGGAUUCAAAAAAACGGUCGAAACAACGCAAACUUCAGCAGAAGGCUCUGCGCAAGCGGCAGCUGAAAGAGCAGCGGCAGGCUCGAAAAGAGAGACUGAGUGGCUUGUUCCUCAAUGAAGAGGUGCUUUCUUUAAAAGUGACCGAGGAGGACCAUGAAGGAGAUGUGGAUGUCUUGAUGUGACAGGGGUGAAUUUCUCAGUGUUCUUUGUAAGCCUUAAGCAAUAUUCUAUUGUUUACAUACACUUUUACCAAAAUUUUGAUUAGAGCUGGGAUUAGCUAUCCACUAGCCUAUGUCACUCAUCUAUAUAUUUUUUUAUAAAAAUGGGUUGCAUCCAGACGAACUCAUGACAGUCCCAGUGAAAUUAAUGAGACUGAAUUGGUGAUGAUUCACUUGUCUCACUUAUCUCAACGGUGCUUAGUUAUGACUGGCUAGUUCAAAUGAUGCUCAUUUAUUGCAAGUGGAGAGAGGUCAAGAAGAGUUCUUUUGUUUUUAAAUCUAGGCUAUUGCAUUUUGUGUUCAGAUUCCUAAAAGUUUGCAUUUCCUUCAGUUCUUCUAAAAUCUAUAGGAGGUGUUGAGGCCAUUACCUGGCCUCAAGACUGUUCUGUAAAAAUAAAGACGAGAGUUAGUCUCUCUGUCUGCCACUGCAGUCAUAUUAAAGUUUGAUGCUGUGUGAAAUCUCUUUUUAGAUUUCCUUUAAGGAUCAUUGUAACCUCACUUAGCACGAGGCCUGGGCAACGUGUGACCUACCAUGCCAAAUGCAGCCCACCUAUGAAAGUUUGGUGGCCCACCAGAGCUCAAUAAGCCUGUGUUUUUGUUUGGCUUCAGUAUACAGAAUUGGGAACAGAGGAUAGCAGCAAGUGUCAGGCAGGCCAUGGUACAGGGCAAGUGGCUACAUUUGGUUGGGUGGUCACAAAUUAUGUGCACACAAACGGAUUUCUUGUUAUAAUGCAAUGAGACAAUCUGCAGAAGGCAACUCCUAGUAGCAAAGAUACUCCGCCCUCUGCCCCUGUAUGCCUGUUUCUUUAUCUUCCAAAUCACUGUCACGUCAUGUGCCUUAUUUGAGACCUUCUUUAAAGUUAUGGGGAGAAAACGGUAAAACUGAAAUAAAACCGAUCAAGAAUCCCUAGUGUUCUCAAGUCCUUCCGUGAGAGUUCAGACAUUUUUAGUCCUCUUAAGGCCCAUCCAGCUAAAUGUUUGCCACUGUCAUUCUGUUAAAACUCAACUUUACACUGAAGGAUUGGAGAGAUUCAUUCUGGCCUUGUGUUCAAAUGCUUCCUGCAAAAUCUGAGUGUAAUACUAGUAGUUACAUUGAUCUUAUUUGGUUAAUAUAGAUGAAAUGGUUUCUACAAGGCUGAUAUGGAAGUGUAAUCUACAGAACACUUAAGCAGGUACAUUUGAAGAACAGUUGCACACUUUAAAUAGCAUGCCCUCUCCAUUGCUUAGAUUCCAGAACUCGUGAAUGUCUACCUCUUUUGCUUUGGGAGUGGAUGAUACUCAAAGUAUCAAUCACUUGAAUAUGCAUAAAUGUGUUAAAUAAUAACUAGAUAACUUGGAUUUUCUGUGUGAUCCAUAACUAUUAAAGUAUUUUCCUGUCCUUAUUUGUGUUUAGAAUCAGUAUUCCAUCCUCGUGAUAAUUCAGAGAGCCCUUCUCUUCAGGAGUAGGAGACUCAUUUCAAAGUUCUUAACAGGUCAUAGAUGAAGUACUUUGGAACAAAAGUGGAAAUACGUAGCAGCCUAAAAUUCAGCAUUAUAAUAAACUAUUGAUGUUUGCAUCUGUCUCCUUCCUAGAUCUAAACUACUGAAUUGGAUACAUAACACCUUCCAAUUGCUCUGAUGCCCCUCCUCACUCAAGUAACCCUGCCAUUGUUUAGAGUGUGUUAUGCAUUUUUUAGGCACUCCUCUGUCAAACUGAAAGUGCUGGUCCCCCAGUGAAUGUCCAUUCUGAGUUAAACUAGUGUUAUAUAUCCAAAAUGGAUGGCUUUUGGUGAACUGCCAUCUUUGAGGCAAUGUACUUGUUUAUUCUGUAGUGGAAACCUUUUGAAGUUAGCAAGUAAAAAAAAAAAAAGCCUCCUGCUAACCCUCCAUGUGUUUUUGUCUUGAGUUCUGUAAAAGCUGUGGAAGUAUUUAACAUACCCAGUAUCAGUAAGCAGACAAUUUACUUCCUAGGAAAUUAUUUCUCUUAACAAGGCUUAGAAAGAGCACUGAAAACUUGAUCGGAAAAAUUCCUGUUCUUGUACUCUGAUUUAAACAUAAGAGAUCUCUUGUCUGACUUCACAUUUUGCGUGUGUAUAUCUGUGUUUCCUCAUCUGCUAGAAAUGUUUCAGUACCUCUGUUUGAUUGAAACAAAGCAGUAACAGUUUUGUAAAGCAGGACAAAGGAUGCAACUCUCUGGUUUUGCACUAGAUGCUUGCUUAAAAGGUUGUUAAUCCCAGCAUCUGAUUUGAUCUCUUGGUUCAUGACACACUCUUUUUGUUUACAUGCUAUUCAAAACUGUGGAGAACUUCUUUUGCAAAUGGCAUAAAACUGUAUAUAUGCAUUUUUAAACCCUUUGAAGAGUGAUGUACAAUACUUGUAGAAACUCUUAUAGUAUAUUAGCCAAAUUCCUUAUUAAUGCUGACAUCAAAUGACCAGUCAGUGCUCAUAUUUCCCUCCCCUCCCCAGGUUUGAUUCAGCAAUAGUUGGCCGAUGAACCUUUCACAUACUAGCAUGCUCCAACUCUUUUUGGCAGUCAAGUUUUCUAAUGGGAAAGUAUUUCUCGUGUCUAUCAUCUUGACACUCUACAAGUUGCCUCUUUUUAUUGGAUCAGUGGCUCUGUUUGCAUUUACAGGUGAUUUCAGAUGAUUAUUUGGCCACGUGCAUGCAGAAUUGAUGCUGUUAUGGCCAUUCAUUAGCGUAUAAUUUUAGUCAGGAUUAAGUCAUGUAUGUAUGCUAGAUUGGAAUGCACGAGGGGAGGAAGGCUGAAGAAAUGCCGUGGUUUUAAUCAUUUUGUAAUACGGAUUAUUCGUGAUGGCCAGUGAUAUUGGCACCCUGAGGAAAUCUGCUUCAUAACCAAAGCAAAGAGGAUGUUUAACUUUGAAGAAUAUGCUUCAGAAGGUCUUAAAUAUAUUUAAAUCUGGACUAUUUUUUCAAGGAUUUCUGCUAAGGUGUAUUGUGUGCUGAAAUGCAUUUGUAUAUACAACUGUUCACUGUACAUUCUGUAUCUACUUGCUACGACGUUUGUAGAAAACCUUUUCUUUGAUGUUGUGAAGGAUUUAACCAAUAGAUACAAAACACUGAUGGGCAGGGUGAGGUGGGGGUGAGGACUCUCUUUUUCUUAAGUUCUUUAAUUGUAUUUGAAAAUAGUCACAUGAAUAUAAUAUGAGACAGCAUUAAAAAAUUAUGACAACUAAA